AUGCUGUCUUCUCUGGCAGAAAUCUGCUUCUUACAAUCAACAAGGAUCGAGACUGGUACGGACCAGUAUGGUAUACCCCUACAUUUUUCACAGCGAUACAACACCGGCCAAGUGAACCUCAGUGUUCGAAAAGCGAUCUGCUCGUUGUUGGCAGCUGCCGUCACAUACGUUAUUUUUCGAUGCAUAUAUAACUUACACUUUCACCCUCUCGCACGAUAUCCAGGCCCAUGGCUGGCACGAGUCAGUCGUCUGUAUGCUGCCUACUACAACUGGCGAGGUGAUCCCCACCUGCAGAUACAUAAGUUACAUGAGCAAUAUGGGCCAUAUGUCCGCUGGGUUCCCAAUACGCUCCUUAUGAACACCCCAGGUGCUUUACAUGACCUUUACCGAGUCACCGACAAGACCAAGAAACACUCUGGCUACUCCCUCCUCGCCUCGAUCCCCAACACCAUAAGUACGCACGACGAGGCUAUUCACCGGCUAAGGAGAAAGUUCAUCAGCAAAAGCCUUUCUCAGCAAGCCGUUCGCGAGCACGAGCCUACGAUUAUCGAAGCCGUCCAUCGACUUUUGGCUUGUAUAUCCAGAUCCACUCGGAUACCUACUUCUCAAAGCUCCUUAAGUGGGUGGACACUUCCAUUCAACAUGGCGGACUGGCUGGACUUUACAAUGCUUGAUGUCAUGUGCAAAGUCGCGUUCGGUCUCGAAUUCAACACCGUAGAGAAUGCUGCCACCCAGGAAACCAUCCGCUCCCUCAUUGAAGACAUCAAAACCACUCAGGUUCGGUCCAUCGUUCUCUCCUAUCUCCCGGUUCUCCAGACACUGAACUUCGACCGGCUACUCUUCACUAAGGAGUGCCUUGCCGGUCUUCGCUUUGUGGCCUUCGUCAACAAUAUUGUCAAAGCCCGACUCGCUCCGAAUUCAUCCGAAACCCUGUGUUCCGACAUACUCGGCGGCCUGAUGACCACACCCGACCCUCUGACCAACAAGAAACGCACUCGAGGAAGUCUGAUCUCCGAAAGCGCCAUGCUAAUCAUAGCGGGCGCCGACACCUCAGCGACAACCCUGUCAGCGCUCCUCUUCUAUCUUGCUCGCAAUCCCAACGCCUACAGAAAGCUGGCCACGGAGCUCCGCACUGUUUUCCCGGAUACAACUUGCGUCUCACUCGGCACUAGUCUUUCCUCCUGCGCCUAUCUUCGCGCCUGCAUCGACGAGACACUUCGUAUGACUCCUCCCGUUGGCUCAAUCCUCCCGCGCGAGAUACUUCCCGGCGGCGCCGUUGUCGACGGCAUUUUCCUUCCUGAAGGCACCAGCGUCGGCACUGGUGUCUACGCCAUCCAGCAUCACGCCGCCUGA